GACUUCGAAUGUCAGUAGAGCUCUGACUCUUGUAUAGGCGACUAGCCAUCGAUAUAGCUUGAUAUUAUAGCUCAGCACCGCUGCUGGUUCUUCCUUGGUCAAGUUAUUCCCAUUCGAAAUAUGAACACGAUCGUAGUUGCGCCAUAGAUCGACAUUAUUUAGACUGCGUGUCGAAAAGAAGGAUUAAAGUGCAUAAUCAUCGACGUACGCAAUAUAAUUAUUUAAUUUUUGAUUUCAACGACUGAAUGUCAACGCUCAAGUGAUUCUCUAUAGGUAAAAAAUAACAAAAAACCAAAAAAACGUUAACAUCUGGUGACCGCACCUGACGUGAACCUGCAACAAGGUACGGACGUCCAUCCUUAAGUGAUUGGCAACAUAAUUUGUGAAUAACACACAGUACAGGUUCCGCACACACGUUUUUUUCCUCCGGUUGUCCCAGCAAUCUGUGAUGCUGCUGUCGAAGCGAUCGGCGAUGGAAGUCUUCCCGUUUCUUCUACUCUUCUUGACAACAUCAUUAACAGGUGGAGUUUCGGCUCUGAAGAUGGUCCAGGUCAAAGUCCCAUUGGCGGCACUAUCGGGUCACAGUGUACAGCUGGAGUGUAUCUUUUCUCUUGAUGGCGAAUCUCUUUACGCUGUCAAAUGGUACAGAGGUGUCGACGAGUUUUACCGCUACGUGCCCGCUGAGGAACCACAUGCUACAGUCUUCGGUCUAAAUGGAAUAGAAGUCGACCUAGAUGAAUCAAACGCUAAUCGAUUGGUGUUGCGAUCGAUCACAGCCGAGACGGCCGGUCGCUUCCGCUGUGAGGUGUCGGCCGAAGCGCCCUCGUUCGAAACCGUUUCCGGUCACGCCGACAUGACAGUAGUCCAACUUCCUCAACGCGGACCAGUCAUUGCAGGGGGUAAGCCACGCUACUCUGUCGGAGAUCAAGUCGAUCUGAAUUGCACGUCAAUGCGCUCCUCACCCGCUACCAACCUCACCUGGUACAUCAACGGAGAACCGGCCGAGCGACAUCAUUUGAAGUUCUAUCCGAUUGCCGAAGACAUCGACGGGUUGGAAACGUCCAUGCUCGGCCUCCAUUUCGUCAUCAAGACGCGGCACUUUCGAAAGGGCGAUCUCAAAUUCAAAUGUACCGCCACACUGGCAGCUCUCUAUUGGCAGAGCAACGAAGCUUCCGCCGAGCCGGAUCGCCCUGUCCAUCACCAACGUUCGUCCUCCUCUGAAGUUUAUCUGGACAGCCACCGCACAUCGACAUUGGCAUCAGCAGCUCUCACCGUUCACUUUUGUGGGCCACUGCAACGAUCCGCUCUUUCGGCGUGCUUUCUAAUUGUGAUGCUGAUCUACGCAGUCAGCUUGAGUUAAUUCAACUCCACGGAGGGAGCUUUCGCAAAUAAAACUUGUACAGUACAAUCGGCGAAAAGCAAUAAGUGAACCGAAGACAACCCAAUGUACAAUGUGUGUAAAUGGAUUCUUAUUUCUUUGAUAUAUAGUUGAAUGCGAUAGGUAAAAUAAUUUGAUUUUGCAAAUUUACGUGGUUUAUAUCUGUUCUUGGCUUUUUAUUAUCAAAUUGAAUUCGUCGAAAAAACGAAACACUUUUCAUCGAGUUAAGGUUACAUGCGUGUCCGUAAUUAACCUUUUGAAAUUUGAAUUACUUUAACCACUUUCAGUUGACUUUCUGUUUCUUAGACGUACGCUUUAAACUACUUACAUUGACUGAAACUUAUCCUUUUAUUACUGUCAAAAUGUAAUUUUUAAAUGCACCACGUCAUUAGUCUUUUACACUCGUCGAAAGUUGUUAAUUCGAAUAUAACAUUACUGCUGUAUCACUAAAGUAAACUUUACUCAAUACAAUAAAGUUUCACGAUCGAA